CCUUAGUUAGCCUCCGAAAAUACAAGAUGUUCCGUUAAGUUCGACUUUACUCUGCAUAUAUAUUCUCUAGCCGACCAAUACGACUGCUGCGCCGCUCGGCAGCGCUGCCUUGCAUCUUUGCUAUUACUUAACCCUUGUUCUAUCAAUUUAAACAAUUCACACCAAAAAUGGCCUUACCUCCGGUUGUCGCUAUUGUGUCGAUGAGCUGUAUGGCGAUCCUCUUCGUGGAAGUGCUUACAGUGCUGCUGGUCACUAGCUCGUCGGCGUUCAAGAGGCUUGUAGCUGACAUCGAUCGUGCCAGCAAGGAGCUGGACCGCCUGGCCGCCACCGGCGCCGGCGCCACCACCCCUGCCCAGAAGAAGCGCGAGCGCGCGCUGGAGACGCAGCUCACCUACCUGGCGCGCGACUUUUACGCGCACCGCAUCAAGCAGUACGCCAUCAUGGGCAUGGUGCUGGCCGCCAUGUUCUACGUGCUGCGCACCUGGUACGCGGGUCGCAGCGUGGCGGUGCUGCCCUUCGCGCCGCGCUUCCCCUUCGCCAUGAUAGCGCACAAGUGGCUGGAGCAGCCGGCGGCUACGGAUUGCAGUUUCCUGUUCCUGUACAUGAUCUGCAACGUCGGCGUCAAGCCCAACAUCGCCAAGCUCAUGGGGACGCAGCUGCCUGCCACUGUUGUCAAGGCAACUGAUAUGCAGAGCAUGGCGGGACGCUUCUCGCGGCUCACAACGGGCAAGAUGGCGUAACUUGGCAGGGUUUGGGUUUCGAGUGUGGGAGCCUGAGGCCUGGCCAGCAGGAGAGGCUCCCCCGGAAGUUGAUUAGCGGUUUCGCAUGUGGGUUACGGGUCUACGUCGCAUAAGGCGUGAGGGACAGCGAGUACUAAGUCUGGAAUGCCUUCCCCUUACAAUGGCGUUAGUCAUGGGCUUGUCCGUUAGUGCCCUGUGACUGGUAUGGCUUGCAGAACUCCGCUGCAGUAUAACCGCAUUUGGAUACGGUGUACACGGGACAAUAACUGUAACCAAGAGCUCC